UCUCGAUUCACGCUCCUCUCUCAGAAUGACUGGGAGGGUGUGAAACUGAGUCCGUGAGUCACAAGAAAUGUUGCUAGGACAUCGUCAAAAUGCCGAAACUGAAUUUGUCGGGAAUAGGUGCGGACUGCUUGACGUUUAAUUCACAGUUCGGUUUGUGGUGUGCUGGUGAUGCCUGUGACUGUAGUAGUAGAGCUCGAACAAUGGAUUUGAGAUAUAGAUGUCGAUGAUCCAUCGAGAAUCACAAAGUGCCAUGCACAUCGUUAUGUGGAAGGCCGUCGCAGCACGGCUGCUUUUCUUACUUCUUAUUUCUUGUCUGGUCCUCAUAGGAAGUUGUUCUGAAGACGAGGAGCGGCUAGUUCGUGACCUUUUUAGAGGUUAUAACAAGCUAAUUCGACCCGUACAGAAUAUGACCGAAAAAGUGGACGUUAGAUUUGGUCUAGCCUUCGUUCAACUCAUCAACGUCAACGAGAAAAAUCAAAUUAUGAAAUCAAACGUCUGGUUAAGAUUGGUAUGGAAUGAUUACCAACUUCAAUGGGAUGAGGCUGACUAUGGAGGAAUUGCUGUACUCAGGUUACCGCCUGAUAAAGUCUGGAAACCAGACAUAGUUUUAUUUAAUAAUGCCGAUGGCAACUACGAAGUUAGAUAUAAAUCUAAUGUCUUAAUUUAUCCUAAUGGUGAAGUUUUGUGGGUUCCGCCAGCAAUUUACCAGAGUUCUUGUACUAUAGAUGUAACAUAUUUCCCUUUCGAUCAACAAACGUGCAUUAUGAAAUUCGGGUCCUGGACGUUUAAUGGCGACCAGGUGUCACUAGCAUUAUACAAUAACAAAAAUUUCGUAGAUUUAUCGGAUUAUUGGAAAUCUGGAACGUGGGACAUUAUCGAAGUCCCAGCCUACCUCAAUAUAUACGAAGGAAAUCACCCAACCGAAACUGACAUCACUUUUUACAUAAUUAUUCGUCGGAAAACGUUAUUUUAUACGGUCAAUUUGAUACUCCCAACCGUUUUGAUUUCCUUUCUUUGCGUACUUGUGUUUUAUUUACCAGCCGAAGCAGGAGAAAAGGUUACACUGGGUAUUAGUAUUUUGCUAUCACUGGUUGUAUUCCUUUUGUUGGUAUCAAAAAUCCUGCCACCGACAUCGCUCGUGUUACCACUUAUUGCAAAAUAUCUUCUUUUCACUUUUAUAAUGAAUACCGUUAGUAUUUUAGUAACAGUUGUUAUAAUCAAUUGGAAUUUCCGAGGUCCCCGAACACACAGGAUGCCUUCUUGGAUUAGGUCUGUGUUCCUUAACUACCUUCCAGCAAUGUUACUUAUGAAAAGACCUCGCAAAACUAGAUUGCGCUGGAUGAUGGAGAUGCCAGGAAUGGGUGUGCCUCCGCAUCCAUAUGGGUCACCUACGGAUAUCCCAAAAAACAUAAGCUCUAUCGAGUCCCAAAGUAAAGUGGAGGUAAUGGAGUUGUCUGACUUACACCAUCAUCCUAACUGUAAAAUCAAUAGAAAACCAAAUGCCGCUGAUCUCGGAGUGGGAGUUGGGGGAGAUAGCUGUAGAAGGGAGAGCGAGAGUUCAGAUUCUAUUCUAUUGUCUCCUGAAGCAUCGAAAGCUACAGAAGCUGUAGAAUUCAUAGCAGAACAUUUACGCAACGAGGAUCUAUAUAUACAGACUCGAGAAGACUGGAAAUAUGUGGCGAUGGUGAUAGACAGACUUCAACUGUACAUGUUUUUUAUAGUUACUACAGCAGGAACUGUAGGUAUCCUAAUGGAUGCUCCUCAUAUCUUCGAGUACGUUGAUCAAGAUAGAAUAAUAGAAAUAUACCGUGGUAAAUAAAGAAUAUCCAAUCGUUGGCUAAAUAAAUCAUGUGGCUUCCACCAAAAGGCCUAUGAAGCUGAAAUAAAAUGUGACUAAAAAAUUUGUGGUUUGUGAACAAGUGAAAUGAUAACUGUAACAAUUUGAAACCAGUUACUUCAUAUAAUCUUAUUUGUUGUUGAACCUAACGAAAACGAAAAUAAUUAUAAAAAAAUUAAUAUAACAAUUAAUAGAAACACUGAACAGGGUAUUUCAUUAGUAAUUUUAAAAAGGCAACUGUUAUAUUAGAAAAAGUUAUGUAAGCUACUGUUACAACACAUAUCUAAAAUACUUUUGGAGAACUAAAACAAUAUGAGCUUAUUGGCUCAAUAAAAAAACAAUUCUUAGAUCUGGGAAUAUAAAAAAAAUUACACAGGUACUCACUCCAUAAGAACCUAUGUAGUAGCGAAAUAAAAAGGAAAAAUAUAGUAGUACCACCUAUCUAAGAGAGAUAUUAAUAUUCAACUCAGCGGGGUACCAUUGUUAGAGGUGUGGAAUUUCAUAAACAAGGGAUCUACCUGUUUUUAUGAAAUGAUCCCUUAUUUAUACCUUGAACAAUAGCACCUCAUGAAACUCAAUAUGAAAGAGCCACUUAGAUAGCUGGUAUUAUUAUGUAAGGCCAAAAUUCUCUGCAUCUGGGUAAAUUUUACUUAAAAAUUAGUGGUAAAUCCUGUUUUUAUAAUCUCGUAGUAAGUACUUGCGGAAAACUCAUCUUCGACUGGAAAAGUGUGGAUUUGAAACAUUUGAAAAUACCUUCAUCUUCAAGAAAUAAAAUUUAUAUAUAAUUCGUAUUGUAGAGGGCUACUUACUAUGCACUACAAUUCACGAAUUCCUGUCUUUCUCUGUAAAUGUUUGUAGAAAAACAAACAUCUACACUUUAUUUGGUGAUGAGAGGGAAUUAUAAAUGGUAAAUAAAAUUUAUAAGUGGGAAAUGUACUUUUCUUAUUAUGGUACUUUUGUCUUUAUCGUUCCGUUUUUAAAGCCUUUUUGGGGAUGAUUUUAGUUGUUUCAUGGUUCUAUCUUUCCAUAUUUUCACCGUAUAUAGUCAUUAAAAUACUACCAUAUACGGCCGGUACAAGAGAAAGGCAGUACAUGGAGAAUCAGGAGAAACGAAGAAAUUAAUGAAUUAAAUGAAGUGUACGAUUUGUGAAAAGUCAAAGAAGAUGGUUGGGGCAUGACCAGAGACAGACAGAGACAGAGAUAUAAAAACAGCAAAGAAAAUAUUACAAUAGAAUCUGAUAGGAAAAGUAAAACAAGGAACGCCUAAAACGAAAUGGUUGGAUGACUUGGAAGACGACCUGAAAACCAAGAAUGGUCUGAAUGGACGGAUGGAUUUUAAAUCUUUUUACAGUAAGUCAGAAAUUUUCAUACUCUUAUUGAAUAGAUUAGAUAUAACGACGCACAAACUAAGAAUGCUGACAAUAUAGGCACUACGACGUUAAAGGAUUGAUUGAAGUUUCCAGCAACAUAUAGAGAGAUAUAUUGUUUUCUGGAUUACUGCUGAUAUCUAAGAAAAUGUCCUCAAAUAAUAUACAGUGUGUUAAUUUUAAAACUUACAAUGGGCUAUGUCUCACAAAUAAA